UUGUAUCACGAGAAGAAGUGGUAAAAGUAAAGAAAUCCUUUUAAUUGAAAAUUUAGAGAUUGUAUCACGAGAAGAAGUGGUUGUAAUUUAUUUAAAACAGAUUAAAUCACGAGAAGAAGUGGUUGCAGUUCAUUUAGAAACAGAUUGUAUCACGAGAAGAAGUGGAAAAAUAUUUCUGUGCUCUAAGAUAAAGAUUGAAAUAUAAAAUUGAAGAUGACAGCAAAGUUUAAAAAAUUCGCUGUGGUUGAAUUUCUGGAUGAAAAAAAAAAAAGUAUGUGUGCCAUGGACGUUAUCUGUUCGUCAUGGCUGAUCAAUGAAAGUUUAGUGUUUUGGCCCAAUCAUUUGGGAUCAUCUCGCCUUUUAACUGCCAUACGCGAAGCCACACUUACUCCUGAAAGUAAUUGGAAACAGUUAAAAAUAAGAAUUCUUUAUUAUUCUGACAGUUAUGAAACUGCUGUAGAACGAAUAGAAACAUUAGAAUUCACAUCAAGCAAUGAAACAGCUCCUGAAAGUGAUGAAGAAUUGUCUAUGCCACCAGCUAAAAAGUUAGCAGUUUGCAAUACAAGUGACACUGAGGUUUAUCCAUCAGUUUCCCCAAGACUGAAGAAAUCUUUUAAUUGCCAAAAUAUUUUACAACCCACAACUGUUUGAUAUAUUGAGCCAUUUAGUUCGAAUCAUUCUAUACCGAUAUAUUCCUCUUCUGACCAGAGCUUGGCAACUGUUGUGGCUGCUUUAGGCACCCGAUUUUCUGGUAAAGAUUUAUAUUGAUGGGUUAUUUAUUUGAAAGUUUAAUUAAAUUUACUCUUCAAUAUAUUUUUGAAUGUAGUUAAACUGUUUUUUUUCUCUUUUUUUUUGUGUUGACUUUCAUAAAAAGCUAAUCUAUUUGAUAUGCUUUUUAUUAAAGUCAGAUUUAUUUUUUUAUUGAAGCAUUUGAGAAGAAAAGUUUAGAGCUGCUUGUCAGUAUUCAAUAUGAUUUAAAAAAGUUAAACACUCGCCUAAUCAAUUUAGAAAAAAGCUUAGUGUUUCCUUUUACUGUUAGCAAUCAGAGCAUAGCAGGACCAUCCCCAUCAGUUCAAUGGAAUUAUUUGCCUGUUAAAGAGGAAAAAGAACUUUUAGACCUGGAUGAAAAAUUACAGAA